AUCGAAGAAAUACUUGCAAUGUCGAAUGGAAAGACACUUGAUGGUGAAACAAGACCUAUCAGAGCUUAGUUUCUGCAAUGCUACAACAGAUUUAUCUGAGAAUCCCUUAUCCCUCCUUUGAGAUAAUAAUUGUUGAUUAAGAAUCACCCACUAGUGGGAAUUACAUGAAGCCCUUGAUCAAGUUGUAUCCGCUAUUGCUUGAAUAAGUUGAUUAAAGUUGCAAGUUGAGCCCGCACUUUCACUAAGACUAGAAACUUUAUCCUUUAAUCAAGUAGUAGCUUCUUGAUGGAGUUUAUUUAGCAUAUGAAACUCAUUUAAGAUUUAUGUCUGUUGUUCAAUAUUUUUUUGACCUCAUACUUGUUAUAAUUUUUUGUUUAUAAUGCAUUGGACCUUAUUUAACAUUAUUUAAAUUUUAAAGUGUGUAUUUAAAUAGAUAUAUAACAAGUAGCUUUAUUGAAGAAACUACAGUGCUAAAGAGGGACAUUAUUGCAGUCAUUCAAAAGUUCAAUAUCCAAGUUAGCAAUUUGACUCAAGAUGUCCUUGGAAAGUCUAGUUCAACUGUUUAUGCCAUUGCAUUGUUAGCCUCUGGACAGAGCUCUGCAAUAAUUGGUACAUACGCUGGGCAAUACAUCAUGCAGGGUUUUCUAAACAUGAAGAUGAAAAAAUGGCUGAGGAAUCUCAUGACUCGAUCAAUCGCAAUCACUCCAAGUCUCAUCGUGUCCAUCAUCAGUGGUUCCUUAGGAGCCGAACGGCUCAUCAUAAUCUCAUCGAUGGUACUAUCAUUUGAGUUGCCAUUUGCACUCUUAUCUCUUCUCAAAUUCAGCAGCAGUCAAACAAAAAUGGGACCUCAUAAAAGUUCAAUAUAUAUCAUUGUGGUGUCAUGGAUUCUUGGUUUGCUUCAGGUAGCAAUCAACAUCUACUUCUUAAGCACCAGCUUUGUCAGUUGGCUCAUUGAUAGCAGCCUACCAGCAAUUGCUAACGUUCUCAUCAACAUCAUUGUUUUCCCUCUCAUGGCAGUGUACAUUCUUGCUGUGAUCUACUUAACCUUCAGGAAGGAGACUGAAGUAACAUUCGUCGACCCAUUGAAUUCUUCACAUGUUAACAUAGAGAGUGGUGGUUCAUUUCAAGUUGAUGGAAUGAGUAGAUCUGAAGUUGCACCCGUCAGAGAGGAUCGUGUAGAUAUUCCCCUCCCUGAUUAGAUAAUUAAGGUUCUAAUUACUUGGAUGUUGGUACUGAGUCCUUCACAAGUUAGUUCUUCUUCGGCACCAACUUCAUAUU